AUGCCAACGCCUACAUUUGCAAUGAUGCAGUUGCUGGGUCUCUGUCUUUUCUGCAUACCGCUAACAAGACAAGAGCCCUGUAGUUCUCCAGGUAAUCUUCCCUCACCUCAUAUAUACCAGAAUAAUUCAUCAAGAGGUGAAAGAGAUACAAUGUGCCUUAGAUGUAAAAUACCUCCACUCUUGAAUUUUACACGGGUUAUUUUUUGUAAAGAUGGGAAAAAGAUAGAAAGUUAUCCCCAAAAGAAGAAUACAUUUGCCUAUAACUUUUGUUACAAAAUAUCACAAAAGAACACAGCGACAAUUUCCUGCAUAUAUCAGUUCAAGGACCUCAAAAACCAGUUCAGUAAUUCUGGUCUAAGCAAUGUUGUAUAUCUUCAGCAAGUUUUGGAGGAUAAACAUCAUGCACAUUUUGUAGGCUUAGGAAUUGGAAUUACAGCUGCUAUUUUAAUCUUUGCUAUAAUGUCUUAUGUGAUGAAGAAAAAAGGUGUAUUAAAAUGGAGAGCAACCAGAGAGCAAUAUAUACCCAGUGGUCACACACAAAUGGAAAGCCAACCAGAUGCAUACUCCUUUAUCCGAAAGAACCAACAGAUCCAAUCACUUGAGGAAGGUGAUUCAGCUGAUAAUGCUCUGCACCUCUAUUCAGAAGUGACUUCCAAUAAGUUCAUCAGGACAUCUUCUCAGGAGGAAAAACCCCAGAUGGUACUGCUUCCGGUCUAUAGCUGUGUGAACAUUAUGAGAAAAGGAGAAACUCAUUACGUGCCAAGCUUCUGUGAGGAAGGACUAUGAUUUCCAGUUCAACAACCACAAGCAAUCUUGUGAUGGAAGAAAGCAAUAGCAAACUGCUUCCAUUGCCCCAAAACCAGAUGAACAUGUUCAUUAGUCAUCAGGAAUUGAACUCAGCUCAAGAGAUAUUUACUUUAAUCUGUUACUAUAUCCUGGAAGCCAGAUUUGCUACUCGGUGACAAAUAGAGCAGAGCACAAGGAAUGUAAAAAUAUUGGACAAUAUGAGUAGAAUUGAGAAAGUCUAAUGAUUCCUAAUUAAAGCUAAUAGCAUUGAUA